AUGUGUGGCCCAAGGCGCAUUCUUGUCGUGUUUGGUUGCACGGGCGACACGGACAAAGAGCUGAGGGCGGAAAUGGGUGCCGCGGCUCACAACAAAGCUGAUGUGGUCAUCAUCACCAACGACAGUCCUGGCCACGAACACCCAGCGGACGUCGUGGCUGAUAUCGUGGCUGGCUUCCCUGAGGAGGUCCGUGACCGCUACUCGCUGUGGGUGCACACGCCCUGGCAGGACCCCUCACGCACUCCCUGGUGGUUCGAGCAGUGGCUAUACCAGGCGCAGAGGGAGAACAGGCGGUACAUCAUAGAAGACCGCUUCUUCGCGAUCCGCACAGCGAUUGGGACGGCCCAAGAGGGCGACGUUGUUGUGAUAGUGGGCAAGGGCGACGUGGACGUCCAAGAGUUUGCCGACGGGAAGGGUGGCAUCGAGACGGGUUGGUUUGACGACCGCAUGGAGGCUGCAGACGCGCUUGGAAAGUUGGGCUACCUGCUGAGCGCCGGAUUGGAUCGAAAAGAGAUUCCCUGGCAAAAGGCCAAGGCAGAGGCAUAG